AUGCGUUCCUCUUCUUCUGUUUUAAAUCAUUAUUGUUAUCAUUUAAUAUUCUCUUCUUUAAAAAUUAAUAAUAAUAAUAAGAAUGAUAAAUUUCAAGUUGAUCGUAGUAAUAAUAUUGGUGAUGAAGUAGCCUAUUUUGUAAUGGCAGAUAAAACAACUCGAGGAAAGGAUUUCAUCAUCAAAAUAACAAAUAAUGAUUCCAUUCAAACUGGUAGAGAUUAUCUAGCUGGACGUGUCCCUAAAUUAUAUGUUGCUGGGCGAAUUAUCCCAACUACAGUCAGUUAUAAUCCAUUAUGGUCAUUCCACUUGGCACCUGAAUACCUUGAUUUCUAUCAUGUUGCACUUGGGCAAUGUGAUGCACCUAUAUUCUACACUGAAGAGAAUCUUCCAACUAUUUGUGAACUAUUAUUUACCAAUUGUUUUUGGUGUCCAUAUGAUGCAAGGAUAGUUAGGGAGGUUCCAGCUUCAUCCCUAAUGGAUAAUACUCCAAAUAGAAAGAGAAGAAUAAAUUAA